UUUUCCUUGGGCAAUGAACUCCCAAAACUCCAUUGCGAAGCAAAUACUCUCUAUUGGGCUAAGGCACUUCUUACUAUGACCUAUGACUUCAUAGAUGGCACAAUCACAUCAGUAGAUUUUCCUCCUCCAUUUGAGAUUCCUCAUCUGCACUUUGUGGAAGCUGGUUUGGCCUUAGCUCACUCCCAAUUCAUGAAAGGUCCUGUGAGACCCAAGUAUGGUGGCAUGUUGUGCAGUGUUUACCUACUUGAGGAGAAAAUC